AUGCUGACUGCUUGCUUGCUUGCAACCAGCCACUACGAUUCCCCGUCCUUCACCCUGCAGACUUUCAUCCCGCCCCACGCCCGCGAUGCCUACCUUGCCAUUCGCGCUUUCAACGUCGAUGUCGCCCGCGUCGCCGACCAGACCUCGAACACCACCGUUGGCCGCAUGCGCAUGCAGUUCUGGCGCGAUGCUGUGACUCGCGCCCUACAAGGCUCCCCGCCCAAGGAGCCUGUCGCUGUGCUGCUUGCCCAUGCUGCCGAAGCUCUGGAUGCUCGCACCCAAGGCCGUUCCCGUCUCGGGAAGUCAUGGUUCUUGCGCAUCAUCUCUGAGCGUGAGAAGACGCUGGGAAAUCCGCCUUUUGCCACCUUAGCUUCUCUCGAGUCGUACGCGGAAAACACAUACUCGACGCUGCUGUAUCUGACCCUGCAGACGCUUCCGCUUGCCUCUGUCACGGUCGAUCACCUUGCCUCGCACAUUGGCAAAGCAACCGGCAUUGCCACCGUCCUACGUGGUCUGCCCUUGAUCGCAUUUCCUCCUCCACCGAAUCACCACUCGAACCAGGCAGCAUUCGGAGGCGCUCUGCCCGGCGGCCGACAAGGCGCCGUGUUGCUACCGUUAGAUGUAAUGGCUGAAGCGGGUGUGAAAGAAGAAGAGGUUUUGCGCCACGGAGCGGAUGCGAAUGGUCUUCGUGAUGCCGUUUUCACCGUAGCUACCCGGGCCAACGACCAUCUCAUCACGGCACGGUCAAUGCUGAGCAGCUUGCGUGCCGGCAGCGAAGUUGACCAUGACUUCGAGCAUGCCCAUGAAGAGGAGCACCGGUACAGCCCUCAACAACUCAGCGCAGGUACUCAAGCACAGCUGCAGGACGUGGAGAAGGGCUUUGGCGCCCUGAUACCCGCCGUGGCAACUGGACUUUGGCUGGACAAGCUGCAGAAGACGGACUUUGACGUCUUCAAUCCCAAGCUGAGGACCACCGAUUGGAAGCUACCAUGGAAAGCGUACUGGUCGUUUAGUCAGAAAAAGAUCUAA